AUGGCACUUCUUAUACAAUCAAGGCCUGCAACGAGGUAUUUAUCAGCCACUUAACAAUUGAAUCUAGAUAAAUUUAAUCAGCUAAUAGUAAUUCUAGAGCUCAGUCGCAUCAAGUCUAGUUUAGAAACACUGUCUUCAGGAGAAUUCGAUAAACUUACUCAUCAGACUGCCAAGUAUGACAUCUAUGGUCUCCCCAAGAAAAUUGAGAAAAAACCUGGUCAAGAUGAACGCAAUAUUCUGAAAGAUCCUAUAAAAAUCCCACAGUGGUGGAGUAAACCGACUGGGGACUCAUUGCUAGAAUUGGAAAGCAACAAAAAGACCAGAACUAAGCUUAUUUAAGAUAGGAAGCAGGAUUUGAUACCGCAUAUCUCAUACGAUUUGGACAAUGAUGGAUACGUAGGUGGUCGAGAUCUGGUGAUCGCCAAAUACUUCGACCAGGACAAAGAUGGUCGCCUUAACACAGCUGAGAAGGAUAAUGCCAUUAAAGCCCUAAGAGAAGGGUUUGAGAAUCAGUUUGUUUGGGGUAUCGAACAAAGUGGCCCAACAAGUCUGCAUAGGAUUAUGUAAAAAAGAGGAUAGAUAGUGCAUGCUGAGGACUUUUAAAGCAUAAGAGAAACAUAUCCAGUGCAUCCACUAACGACUAAGGACCCAGAAAAUAAAACACUGGGUGAAGUUAAAUAAAAGAGAAAACUUGCAAACAUUACAGACUAUGAAAGAUAAAAGAAACUAUGGGAUGAGGCUAAUCCAUCGCAUAUUGCUCAAAAGAAAACUUAGCCUGAAUUCUAUGUAGAAUAACCCCCAUACACUUCUAUAUAAGAUUUGAAGGACAGGAAAUUACUAGAAUCAAGAGUGUCAGUUGGUCUAUUACCUAAAUUCAUUGAUAUAAAGGAUUCAUCCAAGGAUCCAACUCUAAAAUACAUAUAAAAUCCUUCAAUUUCUUGCAAGAGUGAAUUAAAUCUGAAGAGACAUUAGGAAAACUACGAGGAAUUCAAGAAAACAGAGGCACUUUAAGGGUUGCACAAGGAUGGAAUGCACAGACUAAAAGAAAGAGAAGACUGUUUUUUGCGUCUUAAUUAUAAAGAUGUGGAUGGGAAAACUAAAAGAUAACUUGCUGAGGAAAGAAAAAAAGAUAUGCUUGAUUACAAUAUGAAGACAUUUGGAAAAGUAUCAAUUGGAGUGCAUGGUAAAGAACUCCCAAAGUACUCAGAGACUAAUGAUCCAAAUGUCAGAGAAUGGUGGAAACUAAAGCAGGGUUACAAUGAUAAACCUGGGCAUUAUUCAUAGAAAAUACUCAAGUAAACUCAUAAAACAUGGGCAAAAACUGAUUUAAUGCUACUACAAGAUGUUGUUCCAGAGGCUGGCCCUGUAGAUCCUUUUAAAACUGAGCAUGUAAAGUAAAUUAAGAAGACUGAUGUGCAUGAUAAAGUAACGAAGAUUUUCCAUUUCAAGUCAAAAGACACAGACAAUAUUAUGGCAGAGAAUGAGGGGCCAGGCAUUAAGAAGAGUCACAACUAUAAAUGGACAACUGUUGAAAAUUAAUUCUCUAGAAAAAAGAAGAGAUUGUUUGAUGAAUUAGCUGAUGCUUAGCCAACCAGAGCAGAUCUCAUGCCACUUUAUAGUUCAUUCAACCCUAAGGGAAUUUUCAAACCUCCCCAAAGUUCUAAGGAUUUGCAAGUGAGUGUUAACAUAGGCAGGGAUAAUCUCGCCUCAUCUCAAUCGAAUAGAGCAAGGACAAUAAAUCAAUCAGUUAAAUAAAUCAACAAUCAGAAUUAGGAUCAAAAUAUGAUGAAUGGGAUAGGUUCCAUAAACUAGAACUAGAAUGAUUAUGUAAACCCCAAAAGUCUCAACCCUUAAGGGAAUACUCUUUUCAAUAGAGUAUCUACAUCACAAGCGGGAUCUAGAGCUCUACUUAAUCCUUUAGCUUAGUAAAAAUAAGUCUAACCAGUUGAAGCUAACUAGUCAACUAUUCAACAAGGUAAAAUUGGCAAUUAAGGAUCACUAGGCUCCACCAAUUUCAGAUAGAAUGCUACAUUAGGCAUAAGAUCAGGAGCUUUCAAUGGAAAUUCUAAAGAAAAUACUUAAACUCAAGGAUAGCAAUCACCAGCGACUUAUGCAAAUAGAAAUUGA